GCUUAACGCGUCCCGAACUUAACGCGUUAACGAUCCGUUAACUGCAGUUAAGAUAACUCUCGCACACUUCUGGCAUCAACUGUACGUCAAAAACAACGCAGCGCCAAAGUCGGCAAAUAUCUUUUUGGCUUGCUUUGAUAUAUAAUUGUUUUAUUUUUAUCAGCAGAAAACAGAAAAUGUCUGUCAUUUUAGAAACCACAAAAGGCGAUUUGACAGUUGAUCUGUUUAUCAAAGAAAGGCCUAAAACAUGCAUGAACUUCCUUAAACUUUGCAAGAUGAAACAAUACAACUUUAACAGGUUUCAUCAUGUUGAGCGUAACUUUCUAUGUCAGACUGGAGAUCCUACAGAGACAGGAAGAGGAGGUGAAUCAAUAUUUGGGCUUCUUUAUGGACAACAAGCAAAUUACUAUGAGGCUGAGCAAGUUCCUGUUUUGAAGCAUACCAAACCUGGUUUGCUUUCAAUGGUGAAUGUGGGUGAUAACAUGCUUGGUUCCCAAUUCUUCAUUACUCUUGGUGACAAUCUGGACUUUCUUGACAAGGAACAUUGUGUGUUUGGGGAAGUUGUUGAAGGCCAUGAUGCCUUGCUGAACAUCAAUGAAGCAAUUUGUGAUGAAAAUCAUGUUCCAUAUCAGGAUAUAAGGAUAACACACACUGUUAUUCUGGACGACCCGUUCCCGGAUCCACCGGGUCUUGUGAUUCCGAUUCAUUCUCCAGAACCUACCAAAGAAAUGCUUGAUAGUGGGCGCAUUGCUGCUGACGAAGAUAUAAAUGACAUGGAAGGCAAAACCGCCGAAGAAAUUGAAGAACUUAUUGCUGAAAAAGAAGCUAAAGCUCGAGCAACUAUCCUUGAAAUGGUCGGUGACUUGCCUUCUGUUGACGCAGCUCCUCCAGAGAAUGUGCUCUUCGUUUGUAAGCUAAACCCUGUGACGACGGAUGAUGACCUGAUGAUUAUUUUCAGUCGGUUUGGCAAAAUACUAAAUUGUGAAAUUAUCCGUGAUCGACAAACGAUGAAUUCUUUGCAGUAUGCUUUCAUCGAAUUUGAUAAUCCGAAAUCCUGCGAAGAUGCCUAUUUUAAAAUGGAUAAUGUGUUAAUCGAUGACCGACGUAUUCACGUUGAUUUCUCACAGUCCGUCUCUAGAUUACAAUGGAAAGGCAAAGGCCGUGGAGUGGAGUUUGUCGGCGGCAAAGCCUUCGAUCCCAACAAGGAAGACUAUAAGAUGAAAGAUCAGCCUAAGGUGGAACAAUCUAAACGAAUGUCAAGUGACGACUAUGCCAAAAGACAUGCAUUUCAACAAAGGCAAAGAGAUUUUCAACCAAGAGACCAAUAUCGAGGCAGUCGAGAACAUCGGGAAGAUAGGGAUCGUAGGGAUCCUCGAGAACAGCAGACUGGUAGGAACGACUUUGACAAUCGCGGACGGCGAGGUGAACGCGAUCGUCGGGAAGAACGAUAUAAUCGUAAUUAUCUGGAAGAACGACAUAAUCGUGAUUAUCUGGAAGAACGUCAUAAUCGUGAUCAUCGAGAAGAGCGAUAUAAUCGUGAUCAUCGUCAUCAACCAGAUCGUCGAGAUAAGCGUGAUCAUCGAGAACGACGCAGAUCAACUGAUAGGUCGCAUAGACAAGAGGAUAAACAAUUGCAGUGUUGGAUUUGCUUCCUAUUGCUAAUCACCACGUCAGCUGGAAGUGCCGAUCAAAUUUCAGUAUAUAAAAAAAGAGAAGAUGCCAAGAAACCAGUCUACAGCUUCCGGUCUUCCAAUAACAGCAACUCUCGAUCUGAAAGCCGUCACGGCAAGGUGACCACCGGUUACUAUCGUGUCCCUCUCCCAGAUGGUCGUGUCCAGGUCGUCAAUUACAGGGCAGAUGAGAAUGGGUAUGUCGCUGAUAUUCAAUACGAAGAAGUGGCCGAAUCCAAAACCGCAGCGUCGUAUUCAGCUUCAGCCUACAAGGCACCAGCAUACAUUGAGAUCACACCACCACCGAUUUACGAGGUUUUUACCACGACCGCUCGGACCAACGUGUAUCCCACCACAAAUCGAAACUACUACGAAGUUCCUGUCACCACUACUCCGGUCCCACCAACACAGUACGAGGUUCCAAAUGCAGCAACUUCUGCGUAUGAGGCUCCUUAUAGGAUUCCAGCGAAAUCUGGUUACGCUGUCCUUGCCACUCCCAUACCUCUUGCUUUCAGAACUUUUUAUCCUUCCAAGUCUUCCAAGAAGAUGAAUUUUAGCCUCGACAAAGAGUACAAGAUCUACGAAAACGAAACCCCUGCUUUAACCCCGAGUGACAAACCUCUGACCAUCACAGCCCCGGCUGUUUCCGCUUAUGUUACGAAAUCUCCGGUGAACAAAGUUAUCACGACCGUUUCCUCGGCGUUCGCGGUACCAACAUACCCCACACCCACCUACUCGAAACCUGCCAGUCCUGAACCAGCGUACUCCUUUCGCGACUACAAAGCCCCCACCGUGACUGCUUCGGAGUCCCAGUCCCCUGAAACAACUGAGCUGGCCAAAUUCGAUCUACUGUAUUCCUCACCAGCCUAUCCCGCUCCUGAGUAUAGAUCACCAACACCGAUCUACAAGGCCUCUACCUACUUCAAUUCAAAUAAGGAACGUGUUUCAACUGGUUACAAAGAACUUUCAAGAAUAUUCCGUGAAACUUCUUUGACAGCUGGGAACAAGAAUUGGGAAAUUUUUUUUAAUAAGGCUUGGGAAUUUGCAAGAACUAAAUAUUGAAAUAGUUUUAUCAUUAAUUUGUCGAGUCAAGAAAAAAAGACCUGACUAAUUCAAAUAUAAAAAGUCACUUUAUUACGUUAA